AUGCAACAGAAAAACGCAGCAAAUACCUAAAACACACAAAAACCCAAAACAACUGCAAGAGAGAAAUGCUGCAAAUUCACUCCACAAAACGUAAGAGUGCCAAGCCACUAGGGGGACCCAACCUGAGGGAUGGACCAGUCCUGUGGGACCAGACCCGAAAGACAUGAAGAAGAAGAAGAAGAAAAAGAAGAAAGUUGGCAAUAUUAUAGAAGCAACAUAGCUAAUGUUAGCGUGCUGGAAACUUUGAUUUAUAACAGCUUGUGUUUAUGUAAGGGAUAAUGCCUAACUAAUGUUAGACAAUAGAGGAGGACGGCAGUGGAGAGAGGUUCAAAUGAGACCACAACACAGAAAACACAAAUCAAACACCUAUAUAAUUUACUGAAAGUGUAUUAUUAAAAAAGGUCUUAUUUAAAUGUUCAGGAAAAUGAAAUAUCCACUCUCUCUGACGUAAUCUUGCCGAUUUAAUAAUCUCCUCUUUCCCCUCACAGAGAGUAGAGUGAAUUUGCAGCAUUUCUCUAUUGCAGUUGUUUUGGGGUUUUGUGUGUUUUUGGUUUUUGCAGCAUUUUCUUUGACAUUUGUUUUGUUGGUUUGUAAGUUUUUGCUUCUGCUUCGUUUCUGUGAUUGCAGCAUUUUUCUGUUGCUGCGUUUUUCUGUUGCUGCGUUUUUCUGUUGCAUUUGUUUUAUGUGUUUGUGUGUUCUUGGUUUUGCAUCAUUCCUGUGUUUGCAGCGUUUUGCCGUUUGCGGCGCGUUUGCCCUUGUCGGCCACCGUAAACCUCUCCAUCUCUGCCCAUUGAUCUGUGGAUCUAGCUAGGAGCAAGGCCAAAAGCACCUGUCAGCUACAUGCAGUAGGUGUGUAAUCCUAAAAAGUAUAAAAGAUAAUUUUCCUGGUCCCCUCCACUCCAAGUUAUGCAGUUGAACAGAUUAGACUUCCUGAAUGAACACCUGGUCACCUGCAGCCUGUGGAAGGUACCCAGAAUUCACUGUUUAAGGAUGGAAAAGCUACAGCAUCGAUUUGAGCAGUUAAACGCGGACAAACCUCAUCCUACCCAUAGAAGUGUUCUUCUUCACAGAAUUAGGGCACCUCACCUCUCGUUAUUGGCGUGCCCCAUAUUCUCACUAAUAAUUGCUGACCUCAAUUGUGGGACAUGUACCAAAGAAAACAAGUAAAACAGUCUCCUACCCUUGUGCUAAGGUCUUGGAUAUUAAAGCAAAAAUCCCAAAUAUCAUGAAUGACCACUCCUCUGCACUGACAAAACUGAAAACCAAGGUUGACCGUGCGUUGUGAAUGUGAAUGUGUGAUACCAAGAGAAAUAAAAUAAGAGUUGAAAAAGAGAAAAAAAAAAUUAAAUACUGCUCACCUGAAACAAAAAAGAAUAAACUCCCAAUCCAUGCUACGUAGUUCAUAAAAACCCCAGGUAUUUUCAAAAUGUAUUCAAAUAAUAACCAAGACGGGCUUUAAUUUUCUGAUAAAAAAUAAGAAAUAAAGAAGAUACACAUUAGAAUUAUUCACAUAAUGUGCUUCAUUGGUUACAUUUGCUGAAACACUUGGUGAUGUGCCACAGCAUUUUACUUUUUUAUAGGUACGUUUUAUAGGUUAUAUUCACAUAAUUAAGUUUAUACGUGUAUUAUGUCCUGCCCCGUAGCCUGUGCUCUGAUGGGUGGUGUGAAUGAUUAAACAGUGACGGAAAUCAUGUAAUGUGGAUGACAUAGCCCUGCAUAUAAAAUUAAGCAAUGUUGUUUGACGAACAGAAACGGUUGUGAAGGGAGGAGGGCAGCUAUGGGAGCGUUUCUUGACACAUAUUUUCUCUUGUGUGUCUACCUUAUCUUGUUUUUCUCUCCCUCUUUAAACUGUGUAUCUUCUUCUUUUCCCUCAUCUUGUAAAUUACGGAGAAAGUUUCGUCUUAGUGAAAUGCACAAGCCUGGCGAUGUGGUUCUAGGUGGGUUGUUUGAGGUCCACUACACCUCUGUCUUCCCUGAGCAGACAUUUACCUCAGAGCCACAACAGCCCAUCUGCAAAGGCUUUGACAUUUUAGGGUUCAGGCAUGCCAUGACCAUGGUCUUUGCUAUUGAUGAGAUCAACAAGAACUCCAAUCUGCUACCUAAUGUGACUCUGGGAUACAGUCUUUAUGAUAACUGCGCUACACUUGUUAUUGGAUUCAGUGGUGCAUUAUCACUGGCAAGUGGUCGAGAGGAGCAGUUUCUGCUUCAGGAGAACUGCUCAGGGACACCUCCAGUCUUGGGGAUUGUGGGUGAUCCCCAUUCUACAUUUACUAUUGCCACCUCCAAUGUGCUAGGUUUAUACAAAAUGCCCCUUGUGAGUUAUUUUGCCACAUGCUCCUGCUUGAGUGAUCGCAAACGAUUUCCAUCCUUCUUUAGAACAAUCCCAAGUGAUGCUUUCCAGGUGCGUGCUAUGAUUCAGAUUCUAAAACGCUUUGGCUGGACUUGGGCAGGCCUGUUGGUCACUGAUGAUGACUAUGGACUUAAUGUUGCCCGUUCCUUCCAAUCUGACCUUACUCAGUCUGGUGGAGGUUGUCUGGCCUACUUACAGGUUUUGCCCUGGGACCAUGACCCAAGUGAACUGAGGAGGAUUGUGGAUGCGAUCAAAAAAUCCACUGCUCGUGUGGUCAUAGUUUUUGCACAUGAGGCUCACAUGAUUAACCUCAUGGAAGAGGUGGUGAGGCAGAAUGCUACAGGCCAGCAGUGGAUAGCAAGUGAAGCUUGGACAGCAGCUACUGUGCUCCAGACACCCCGGCUCAUGCCAUACCUGGCUGGGACGUUGGGUAUUGCCAUCCGUCGAGGAGAAAUACCAGGACUCAGGGAAUUCCUCCUACAAAUAAGUCCUUACCAAAAUGACAUUAACUAUGAAAAUAACAUGGUGAGGCAGUUUUGGGAAUCCACAUUUCAGUGUAGAUUUGAUCCAGCAGGUUGGGUGGAAACAGGGGGACAACUAUGUACUGGACAGGAAGAUAUUGAAAAUGUGGAAACUGAGUUUUGGGACCUUUCUAACCUCAGGCCUGAGUACAAUGUUUACAAGGCUGUGUAUGCUCUGGCAUAUGCGCUUGAUAACAUUUUGCAGUGCGAGCCAGGGAGAGGGCCUUUCAGUGGGCACAGCUGUGCCACUUUGGAAAGACUGGAGCCAUGGCAGCUUGUACAUUAUUUGCAGAAGGUCAACUUUACCACACCAUUUGGUGAUGAAGUGUCAUUUGAUGAGAAUGGUGAUGCCAUACCAAUAUAUGAUAUCAUGAACUGGCUAUGGCUCCCUGAUGGAAGAACUAAAGUCCAUAACGUGGGUGAGGUUAAGAGGUCAGACUCCAAAGGUGAAGAACUCACAAUUGAUGAAAGCAACAUUUUUUGGAACUUUGAACCGAACAAGCCACCCCGGUCAGUGUGCAGUGAGAACUGUCCUCCAGGUACACGCAUGGCCAGAAAGAAAGGGGAACCUGUGUGUUGUUUUGACUGCAUUCCUUGUUCUGAGGGAAAGAUCAGCAAUAAGACUGAUUCCAUGGAGUGCACCAGUUGUCCAGAGGACUUCUGGUCCAGUCCUCAGCGUGACCACUGUGUUCCUAAGAAAACAGAGUUUCUCUCCUACAAUGAGCCUCUGGGUAUCUGUUUGACGACCACCUCAUUGCUGGGCACAUUUAUCUGUGCUGUUGUCCUGGGAAUCUUCACCUAUCAUCGAAGCACACCCAUGGUACGCGCCAAUAAUUCCGAACUGAGUUUCCUGCUCUUGGUGUCACUUAAACUGUGUUUCCUGUGUUCACUGCUGUUUAUCGGCCGUCCCAGGCUAUGGACAUGUCAGCUGAGACAUGCAGCAUUUGGGAUCAGCUUUGUGCUUGCUGUCUCAUGUAUUCUGGUGAAAACCAUGGUGGUUCUGGCUGUGUUCAAGGCCUCCAAGCCAGGAGGUGGUACCAGUCUGAAGUGGUUUGGUGCUAUGCAGCAGAGAGGGACAGUUCUGGUUCUUACUUCUAUCCAGGCCGUAAUUUGCACGGCUUGGCUUGUCUCUUCCUCACCAGCUCCUCAUAAAAACACUCAAUACUACAAUGACAAGAUAGUUUAUGAGUGUGUAGUUGGGUCUACCAUUGCUUUUGGAGUGUUACUGGGUUACAUUGCCUUACUGGCUAUCCUUAGCUUCCUGUUAGCAUUUCUGGCAAGGAAUCUUCCAGACAACUUCAAUGAGGCCAAGUUUAUCACUUUCAGCAUGCUGAUCUUUUGUGCUGUGUGGGUGGCCUUUGUCCCUGCUUAUGUCAACUCCCCAGGCAAAUAUGCAGAUGCAGUGGAGGUAUUUGCCAUCCUGGCCUCCAGUUUUGGCCUCUUGCUGGCACUGUUUGGACCCAAAUGUUACAUAAUCCUGCUGAGACCAGAGAGAAACACAAAGAAAGCAAUCAUGGGUCGAGGCACCCCCAAGUCAUAAAAGUAGGAUUAUCUGUAAAAUUAUUAGCUAGUCUGAAUCAGUACUUAUGUUGUAUGUAUUCAUGACAGAUCUGCUAUUAAAUGCAAAUGUACAACACAAGUAACCAGCUCUUUAAAUUAAAAAAAUGUCUUUUUUGUAAAUAAUCCUUGUGAGACUUUGAAAGGCUUUGCUUUAGUUUCUACCUGACAACCUAAAAGAUGAAAUUAAACAACACGUACUAAAGAGAAACACAAAGAAAGCAAUCAUGGGUCGAGCACCCACCAACUCAUAAAUGUAACAGUUAGAUUAAAAUGAUCAACUAGUCUGACCCAAUGUAUAUUUUGCUUUCAUUUAGCAGAGAACUGCCCUUGAAAUGACCAAUAUAACAGAUAUCUGACCUGCUUUUUAACUUUGUUUAUACUGUAAAGAAUACAUUUAGAAGAAACUGAAAGCAAUAAAAAAAUGUUUGUGUGAAAAA